AUGGUGAAAGAAGAACAUUCUCUGUUUUUGCUGCUUCCCAACACUGCAUCUGGAGUUGACAGCUCCUCUGUUCAACACUGCAUCCAGAGACGACAGCUCCUCAGUUCAACACUGCAUCCGGAGACGACAGCUCCUCAGUUCAACACUGCAUCCGGAGACGACAGCUCCUCAGUUCAACACUGCAUCCGGAGACGACAGCUCCUCAGUUCAACACUGCAGCCGGAGACGACAGCUCCUCAGUUCAACACUGCAUCCGGAGACGACAGCUCCUCAGUUCAACACUGCAUCUGGAGACGACAGCUCCUCAGUUCAACACUGCAUCUGGAGUUGACAGCUCCUCAGUUCAACACUGCAUCCGGAGACGACAGCUCCUCAGUUCAACACUGCAUCCGGAGACAACUGCUCCUCAGUUCAACACUGCAUCCGGAGACAACAGCUCCUCAGUUCAACACUGCAUCUGGAGUUGACAGCUCCUCAGUUCAACACUGCAUCCGGAGACGACAGCUCCUCAGUUCAACACUGCAUCCGGAGACGACAGCUCCUCAGUUUAACACUGCAUCCGGAGACGACAGCUCCUCAAUUCAACACUGCAUCCGGAGACGACAGCUCCUCAAUUCAACACUGCAUCCGAAGACGACAGCUCCUCAGUUCAACACUGCAUCUGGAGAAGACAGCUCCUCAGUUCAACACUACAUCUGGAGACGACAGCUCCUCAGUUCAACACUGCAUCUGAAGACGACAGCUCCUCAGUUUAACACUACAUCCGGAGACCACAGCUCCUCAGUUCAACACUUUAUCCGGAGACGACAGCUCCUUAGUUCAACACUGCAUCUGGAGUUGACAGCUCCUCAGUUCAACACUGCAUCCGGAGACGACAGCUGCUCAAUUCAACACUGCAUCCGGAGACGACAGCUGCUCAAUUCAACACUGCAUCCGGAGACGACAGCUCCUCAAUUCAACACUGCAUCCGGAGACGACAGCUGCUCAAUUCAACACUGCAUCCGGAGACGACAGCUCCUCAAUUCAACACUGCAUCCGGAGACGACAGCUUCUCAGUUCAACACUGCAUCCGGAGAUGAGAGGUCCUCAGUUCAACACUCCUUAGUUCAACACUACAUCCAGAGAUGA